UCCGAUUAAUCCCAACCUCAUACAGCUUCCAGUACUCCAGUACCUUUGGUAGAUGCCAAAGCCAAACAAGUGGCUUUGCCACUCCUCUGUCCCUACCUAGCUCAGCUUGUUGGCCCGGCCGGAGCUCCGGCGAAAGAAAUGGCCUUGCUGCAGCCCGCUUCUACUGCUCCCUUCCCCACCGGCCAUCGCCGGACAACCGGAAUUCUCGUUCGCCGGCCAUCAUUCUACUCCCACUCUCACUCGUCGCGCCGUUCCCGACUGCACGCGCACAAGCCCGGCUCCACGGGCCGUCGGGGCACGGAGACACCCUCCGGCUCGGAGUCGGAGAACGUCGUCCUCAAGGCCGCGUGGUACGGCUCCGAGGUCCUCGGCAUCGCCGCGUCCUUCUUCCGCCCGCCGCGGCCUGCAGAGGAGGACGCCGGAGAUGAUGUUGCUGACAGCGGCGCGUCGGAGCGCGGGACGUCCAUGGGCCCCGCGCAGGUCGCCCAGGCCAUCAAGGAUGACUUCGCGCGGUCAUACUUCGUUACAGGGAAUCUGACACUCCGGGCGUACGAGGAGGACUGCGAGUUCGCCGACCCGGCGGGUUCGUUCAGAGGCCUGGGGCGCUUCAAGAGGAACUGCACGAAUUUCGGGUCCCUGCUGGAGAAGUCCGACAUGAAGCUCACUAAAUGGGAGGAUCUCCAGGACAAAUCGGUCGGGCACUGGCGUUUCAGCUGCGUCAUGUCGUUCCCGUGGAGGCCCGUUCUCUCCGCAACGGGGUACACGGAGUACUUCUUCGAUGCUGAAUCAGGGAAGGUGUGCAGGCACGUCGAGCACUGGAACGUCCCCAAGAUGGCACUACUGCGGCAGAUUUUCAGGCCGAGCAGAUGGGUGUGGGAGAAACGCUAAAACGGUGGCGAAGAUCGGCCCAAGCUAAGUAGAGUUGUACAGUAUGGAUCAUUUUCCUGCUACAUGCUCUGGCUAGGGAGGAUUGUAGCCUUUGGAGGGGCGUGGCAAGUUUGUAGCUCGCUUGGCAUCGUUUAAUUGUUAGAGUGCCCUAAGAUAAGAAAAGGCAUCACCAGCAAUCCGUGUACAGUAGUUCAAAUAGCAAUCCGUGAACCCAGUAACGGAUAUUUGAACCGAGCAUAUGCACGAUGAUCUGGGCUUUCGAAAUCACAUCGACGGCAAGUAUUUUAUCCAGGCUUUUUUUAGGGAAGUAUUUUA